GUUUAGAGUGGCCAGACCGCCAGGGACACAGAUGGCAGCGCGAACAGGAGGAGUAUCUAACGGGACAUGCUGCCAGAUGAAUCUAUUACAUUUCUGACUGCUGGUGAGGGUGUGACAGUGUGAGGCAUCACCAUGCCUCUGGUGAAGAGGAACAUCGACCCGCGCCACCUGUGCCGGGGGGCGUUGCCAGAGGGCUUAGGCAGUGAACUGGAGUGUGUGAUGAACAACACCCUCUCCUCCAUCAUCCGCCAGCUCAGCAGCCUGAGUAAACAUGCAGAGGACAUCUUCGGAGAGCUGUUCAAUGAGGCCAACACAUUCUACCUGAGAGCCAACUCCCUGCAGGACCGCAUCGACCGCCUGGCCGUCAAGGUCACCCAGCUGGACUCCACCGUGGAGGAAGUCUCUCUGCAGGACAUCAACAUGAAGAAGGCUUUUAAGAGCAGUACCGCCCAGGACCAGCAGGUGGUAUCCACGAGGAGCGUUCCCAUCCCUGUCAAGGAGAUGUACAACCUGAGUAACAAACCUCCACCUCUCAACAUCCUCUCCAAAUAUAGGGAUGACCACAAGGAGGGGCUGAAGUUCUACACUGACCCCUCCUACUUCUUCGACCUGUGGAGAGAGAAGAUGCUGCGGGACACGGAAGACAAGAGGAAGGAGAAGAGGAAGAACAAAGAGCAGAAGCGUUGUGUGGACGGGACGUUGCAGAGGGAGGUGAAGAAGGUGCGUAAGGCUCGGAACCGUCGCCAGGAGUGGAAUAUGUUGGCCCUGGAUAAGGAGCUGAGGCCUGACCACCACCACACACACUCUCUCCACCGGGGGGCCACCUGCGAGGGAUCACUAUCCCCUGAGAUGAGGGGUCUUGGACCUGACCACCACCAACGCCACUACCCUCACUCAACCAAUCAUGCUGGUCACGCCCACACGUACUCCGGCCCGCCUCCCAGUCUCCUGGCUGCUCAGCUGGCUGCUCAGGGAAACGCCACUCUGGACCAUGCCUACAGGGGAUACAACCUGGGUCGCCCCCACAAUGCUCCACCCCGUCUCCCUCCCAUUGAGAACAUGAAUGGAUCCAUGUCUCUACGACCUGUGGACUACAGUAUGGAGGGAUAUGGAAACGGCUCUCCUCCUCCUGCUCCUCUCAUGCCAUCUGCACAAUCUGCCUUUGCCACGCCCCCCGGAGGCCCACUUCCUCUUCCAGGUCUAAUGGGAUCAGUUGGUGUCUAUGCCCUGCCCCCACCGCCAAUCGCUGGGCCGCUGGUGGCUCCAACUCCCCCAAUGCCUCCGCCCCCUCCUCCAGGCUCCUCCUACUCUACCACUCCCAAGAUGUCCUCCGUGCCCCACAAUGCCCAGCCUGUUAAUGAUGCUCGUAGUGAUCUGCUGGCUGCCAUACGCAUGGGUAUCCAGUUGAAAAAGGGACAGGAGCAGCAGGAGCAGCAGGAGAAGAGAGAGCCUGUAGGGAACGACGUGGCCACCAUCCUCUCCAGACGCAUCGCUGUCGAGUACUCCGACUCCGAAGAUGACUCAGAGCUGGAAGAGAACGACUGGUCCGACUAACACACGCACAUCACUCACUCAAAAGCUGAAAAGCACAUACAUGUGCACGUUCACAUCCACACAAAACAUAAACCACCAAAUGGUUCACUGAGUGUACUAAACAUGAAUAACACAUCCCUAAUAUCAAGUUGCACCCCCCUCCUCCUUUUGCCCUCAGAACAGCCUCAAUUCGUAGGAGCAUGGACUCUACAAGGUGCUGGAUGUCCUUUGGGUGGUGAACCAUUCAUGAUACAUGAUAAAAUUGCUGAGUGUGAAAAACCCAGCAGCGUUGCAGUUCUUGACACAAACAUGUGCGCCUGGCACCUACUACCAUACCCGUUCAAAGGCACUUACAUGUUUUGUCUUGCCCAUUCACCCUCUCAUUGGCAGACAUACACAAUCCAUGUUUCAAUUGUCUCAAGGCUUAAAAAUCUUUCUUUAACCUGGCUCCUCCCCUAUACCGAUACUGAUUGAAGGGGAUUUAACAGGUGGCAUCAAUAAGGGAUUAUAGCUUUCACCUGGUCAGUCUAUGUCACAGAAAGAGCAUGUUUUGUACAUUCAGUCUAUAUACUGUCAUUAUAAAGAGAACAGUUGUCUAUAGUUUCCACAAACUGCAGUGCAUGCAUAGUAAGCAGAAUUUAGUGCAUGUUUUGUGUUGUACACUCAGUGUAUAUAUAACAACAAAACAUAAACAAAAACACACACAUACAGGAUGUAUUUGUACAUGAUAUAAGCUGGGUGACCCCUGGUCACAUGUAGCACUGCUGGUAAAUCAGACUCCUGCAUCAGCUGCUGAAGGGUCCAGAACUGGACCUCUAGCGGUGUACUCAAGAUGCACACUAUUGGGUUCAGCUGCUAUACUGACACUAAUUGCAACUAAAUGUUCAAUUCAAUACUAUUACUGUUAACAUUUUAAAACUCUCAAGCAAUGCUCGGGCAUCUUGAAUACACCCCAGGAGACCACAGUGUGUCUCUGUAUAAUAUGUUAUCCAUAAUAACACUAGUAAAGCCCUGUUUGUGGCACCCCAGGAUUGGCACUCAUCUCAUGUAUAGUUACAGUCUUAAUAAGGGCCUUACUUAGAGAACCCCUCCUUGGGAAGACAGUCUACAGUCUACAAGACAGUCUUUUUUCUAAUGUUUUUACUGAAACACUUAAUCUAGGACUGAGACCAAUGUUUAUGUGUAGAUUAUAGCAACAGGAAGAUGAAGAGAAGUCAAAAGAAACCGUGUGGACUGUGCUGGUCAGGGUAGCGUUCAGAAGGAACCGUGUGGACUGUGCUGGUCAGGGUAGCGUUCAAAAGGAACCGUGUGGACUGUGCUGGUCAGGGUAGCGUUCAGAAGGAACUGUGUGGACUGUGCUGGUCAGGGUAGCGUUCAGAAGGAACUGUGUGGACUGUGCUGGUCAGGGUAGCGUUCAGAAGGAACCGCGUGUGGACUGUGCUGGUCAGGGUAGCGUUCAGAAGGAACUAAGUGGACUGCUGGUCAGGGUAGCGUUCAGAAGGAACCGUGUGGACUGUGCUGGUCAGGGUAGCGUUCAGAAGGAAUCCCAUGUGGACUUUGCUGGUCAGGGUAGCAUUCAGAAGGAACCAUGUGGACUGUGCUGGUCAGGGUAGCGUUCAGAAGGAACCGUGUGGACUGUGCUGGUCAGGGUAGCGUUCAGAAGGAACUGUGUGGACUGUGCUGGUCAGGGUAGCUUUCAGAAGGAACCGUGUGGACUGUGCUGGUCAGGGUAGCGUUCAGAAGGAACUGUGUGGACUGUGCUGGUCAGGGUAGCGUUCAGAAGGAAUCCCGUGUGGACUGUGCUGGUCAGGGUAGCGUUCAGAAGGAACUGUGUGGACUGUGCUGGUCAGGGUAGCAUUCAGAAGGAACCGCGUGUGGACUGUGCUGGUCAGGGUAGCGUUCAGAAGGAACCGUGUGGACUGUGCUGGUCAGGGUAGCGUUCAGAAGGAACCGUGUGGACUGUGCUGGUCAGAGUAGCGUUCAGAAGGAACCAUGUGGACUGUGCUGGUCAGAGUAGCGUUCAGAAGGAAUCCCGUGUGGACUUUGCUGGUCAGGGUAGCAUUCAGAAGGAACCGCGUGUGGACUGUGCUGGUCAGGGUAGCAUUCAGAAGAAACCGUGUGGACUGUGCUGGUCAGGGUAGCGUUCAGAAGGAACCGCGUGUGGACUGUGCUGGUCAGGGUAGCGUUCAGAAGGAACCGUGUGGACUGUGCUGGUCAGGGUAGCGUUCAGAAGGAACCGUGUGGACUGUGCUGGUCAGGGUAGCGUUCAGAAGGAACCGUGUGGACUGUGCUGGUCAGGGUAGCGCUCAGAAGGAACUGUGUGGACUGUGCUGGUCAGGGUAGCGCUCAGAAGGAACUGUGUGGACUGUGCUGGUCAGGGUAGCGUUCAGAAGGAAUCCCGUGUGGACUGUGCUGGUCAGGGUAGCAUUCAGAAGGAACCGUGUGGACUGUGCUGGUCAGGGUAGCAUUCAGAAGGAACCGUGUGGACUGUGCUGGUCAGGGUAGCAUUCAGAAGGAACCGUGUGGACUGUGCUGGUCAGGGUAGCAUUCAGAAGGAACCGCGUGGACUGUGCUGGUCAGGGUAGGGUUCAGAAGGAACUGUGUGGACUGUGCUGGUCAGGGUAGCAUUCAGAAGGAACCGUGUGGACUGUGCUGGUCAGGGUAGCAUUCAGAAGGAACCGCGUGGACUGUGCUGGUCAGGGUAGGGUUCAGAAGGAACUGUGUGGACUGUGCUGGUCAGGGUAGCAUUCAGAAGGAACCGCGUGUGGACUGUGCUGGUCAGGGUAGCAUUCAGAAGGAACCGCGUGUGGACUGUGCUCGUCAGGGUAGCAUUCAGAAGGAACUGUGUGGACUGUGCUGGUCAGGGUAGCAUUCAGAAGGAACCGCGUGUGGACUGUGCUCGUCAGGGUUUUGUUGGAACAAAUGGGAGAAGAUGUUUUGAAAGUGUUUUCCUACUGUGUUCCUUCUGAAGGCAACAGGUGUGUGUGAGGGAGUGGCCUGAGAGGGAGGCUGUAUUCCAUCAUCCACACUCAAACAUUACCCCAUGUGCUACACUUAGGAGGAUGCACAGCCAGCAUCGUUUCCUUCUAAGUGGUACUCUAGUAUGGAUAUUGGAACGUAGCCUGAGUGUGUGAGUGUGUGAGUGUGUGAGUGUGUGAGUGUGUGAGUGUGUGAGUGUGUGAGUGUGUGAGUGAGUGAGUGAGUGAGUGAGUGAGUGAGUGAGUGAGUGAGUGAGUGAGUGAGUGAG